AUGAAUGAUAGUAGAGAUAUAAUCGAACCUCUUCUUUCGCAUGGCACGAAUAUCAAUGAAAAAACUAAAUUUGGAGAAACAGCUCUUCAUAUUGCAGUGGAACGUGGCUAUAAAGAAUUUGCCGAAUCUCUUCUUUCACAUGGCACGAAUAUCAACGAAAAAAAUUAUAAGGGACAAACUGCUCUGCAUAUUGCAACACGAAAUAAUAGAUUUGAUAUUGCUGAACUUCUUAUUUCACAUGGUGCAAAUAUCUAUGAAAAAGAUGAUAAAGGACACACUGCUCUUCAUUAUGCUUCAGCAAAUAAUAGCAUGGAAACAGUCAAACUUCUUAUUUCACAAGGUAUGGAUGUCAAUGAAACAGAUAAAUGUGGAAUGACUGCUCUUCAUCACACAACAUAUGGGAACUGUAAAGAGAUAGCCGAAUUUCUUAUUUCACAAGGUAUUACUAUCAAUAAAAAAGAUGAUACUGGAGAAACAGCUCUUCAUUCAGCAGUAAGGAAUAAUAGUAAAGAAAUAGCUGAACUUCUUCUUUCGCAUGGUGUAAAAAUCAACGAAAAAAAUAAAUAUGGAUACACAGCUCUUCAUUUAGCAGCAGAAAAUAAUAGUAAAGAAACAGCUGAACUUCUUACUUCGCAUGGUGCAGAUAUCAACAAAAGAAAUGAAUUUGGAGACACCCCUCUUCGUGCAGCAUCCAAAAAACAUUGUAACGAAACAGUCAAACUCCUCAAAUCAUAUGGAGCAAAAUGA